AUGCGCAACACUGUAAACUGGGAGUCGGGUGACUGUUCUUCACAGGCCAGCGUUUCCACCACUGAGGUCUGCGCUUCAGAUCCAACCAAGGUACUAGUCCUUGUUGGGCGGAACGACCUCAUUGAGCGCGAAGACGAAGACCUCAACUGGGACUUGGACUACCAUUGGGAUGAUGAUGGCCUCGAGGACUUUGGUGACCACAACGACGGCGACGACGAUUCCCCCGACGAAGAAUGUAAGACUCAAGACGAAGACGACCAUGGGGUCGCUGACGACUAUCAAGCCGACUCUGCCUACGCCCGACUCCAAGAAUGGUACGCGCAUCGCGCUCGUCUCAUUCAAGAUUCCCUUCACCGUAGACCAGUCACUCCUACCUCCAACUCUGACUCUGACCCUGGAUCUCCCGGUUCAUGCUCCGACUCUUCUUCUGCGGCCUCUGACGAGACCAUUCGUGCUGGAAAUGUGAGCAGUCGCUGUACUACUGAGCACCUCAUCUCACAUGAGGACUUUGUCGAGGGCUUCCUUGAGUCUUGA